AUGGAAGACUCCAGCAAUGACGACACAAACUCGUCGUUCGACAUCGACCUCAGCAACGUCGGCUCACUGACCCCCACCAAUUCGUCGUUCCUAUCGCCCAUCAAGCAGUUCGACAACUUGAACAUCAACAAUCUUUCCGACAUCCACGAAGAAGACUUGGAGGUGGGAAAUGAUACCAUUGACAACUCGAACUCGAGCGACGACGAAGAAGACAAUGCCGCCCACACUCCACACGUGACCAGCCGCCCUGUGUUUGUCGGCAAGCGCAAGCGGGCAAAUGUGUCGGAUGUGGACAUGGUGACACCUACGUCGUUCCACAGUCGGUCUACCCAUUCACAACCAUCACAAAAAUCUGACUCGAUGUCAGUGUGCUCUCACACGGAUACACUGCUACUGAACUUCAAGCUCAGCUUCUCCAACUCGGACUCCACGCCGUGCCCGGUGCCGGCCAAGAAGAAAUUGAAGUUUCUCACCGAUGCCACACCCAUCUCCAACAAGAAACACCUUUUGAACUUGUCGCACUCGGUGAAGACCACCGUCAGCGAGGUAUCGUACGAGUUCCACGACUACCAGCAGUACCAGCAUGACCUGGACGUGGAAACGAGUCUGCCGAUGCCGUUUGCGGCGUUGGAGCUGCAGUCGACGCCUAUUUCUCAGAGCACGCCGUCCAACUCACGGGCCCCGUCGCCAGAACUGUCGCCAAGCGCCGCCUAUGGGGCCGACGUGUCUGCCGGUGCUGCGUCGCCCGUGGGACUGGACGACUCGUCCAACCGCCUGGCCGGCUCGUCCCCCAGCUCGCCCCACCACCCGGUGCUACCGUCCGUCAACGGCUACCGCCUCAUCCCCACCGACCACCAGUACGAAAUCGUCGCCGAUAUCACCAACGACAGCGAAGUGCACAUCGCCGACCAGCGCAUUGAAUUCGACCAGGAAGACAGUUCUAAUCCUCGUGCCACAGAUCCGUAUCUUUGUGCACCUCCAGAAGACCCCAAGGAAAACCGUCUUGAGAUCCGCCGCAAAUACAUGGCAAGCUUCCAGGUGCCGCUUCUAAAUGUGCCGUCGCUGAAGGCAGAGAUUCUCGAGGCGAUUUCGGCGGAAUCGGUGCUUGGGUUCUACGAAUUUAUCCGGCUUAAAGAUGAGACAUUGACCGAACUAGUACGAAAAGAACGGUUGCGAUGGCAUCCAGACCGAUGGGUAAGCACCCAUGAAGACCGUGACGUUAUUCAUGCGGUUUCCAGCUGUUUGAACGCAGUGUGGGAACAACUAUAGACUAUAGAUUAUGAGACACGAAUAAGAAACAAUUUUGCAACCAAA